ACAUCUUUGUGAACAGUGUUCUUAGAAGGACUUUGUUCAGUUUUACAUUUAAAGCAAACUAAAAAAGUGUUCAGAGUGUUGCGAAUCCGAGGUAAAAAUAAAUAAAUAAAAUAAAGCCGGAUAGAUUUAGCAAACUUAAAUGUAAAGAAUUACUGUAUCGACAAGUAUUAAGCAGGACGAAAUAAUAGUUUCAAGAAAUGCUGGCCAAGUUUGCACGAAUUAGAAGUGAACGUUGAUUAAAACAGUUAAAUCAACCGUUCCACUGCGAAUACCGUUCUCCCGUGUGUGUGGAGUGCAGACCGGAAGAAGAUGCCGCGACCGGGACGUAACACAUACAGCGACCAGAAGCCGCCGUACAGCUACAUCGCGCUGACGGCCAUGGCGAUCUCAGCCUCCCGCGAGAAGAUGUUGCCGUUGUCCGACAUCUACAAAUUCAUCAUGGACAAGUUUCCGUUCUAUAGACAAAACACCCAGCGAUGGCAGAACUCUCUACGUCACAAUCUGUCGUUCAACGAUUGUUUCAUCAAAAUACCCCGGCGGCCUGACCGCCCCGGCAAGGGCAGCUACUGGGCGCUACAUCCGUACGCCGGCGACAUGUUUGAAAACGGUAGCUUCCUCCGUCGCCGGAAACGCUUCAAGCUUCAUCAACAGAGGCAAAGAAGUCUAGGAAUGUUGGCGGCCCAGGAGGAUGUGAACAGCCUGAAGGGCGGCCUGGAGCUGGGGCCCUACCUGCACGAUAACGAUCGUGUCCGUCUCCAACAGCUCGCUGCAUCCGCAGCCACUUCCGGUUAUCUGCCGUUUGGCCACUCGCCGCCGCAACCAGUCCGUCCUCCAUAUAAACAGGCUUUUACUAUUGAUAACAUCAUCGGAUCACAUGACAAAGCAUGUCUACCUUCUGAUACCGACGGCCUCCUGUCCCCACCGACGAGACUUCCGGUGAGUCCACUGCCCGGUUUUGCCAGCCAGUUUGGCCCUCACAACAUCCCACACAGUCUGAUGCUGUCCUAUAGGGCACUGCGGCCAAAUGAUGCAGAGCUGAUAAGCAGUCUGGCUUCUACGUACGGACAAGUGACGGGACACAAUGUCAUGUCAGCCAUUGAUUACUUUAACUCGAUCAGGUCGUUACAACAGUCGCAAGCCAGUUUACCGUUGCCAGUGAAGCCGACAGCUUUAACAACCAUGAAUUUCAUUAAUGGGCAAGACGUUUUAGCAAGGAGCCAACAGUCAUAUUUAGAAAACCACAGUGUGUCAGCUGACAGAGUUAAACCAAAGCCAGCUCUUGGACACAGUGUGGACUCUUUACUUAAACCAACCAAAGACAGCUUUGAACCAAAGAUUGAUGAUCAAGAAAAGGUUACUGACAAAAAUGAUACUUUCGCAAAUUCAAUAGAAAUAGAUGUGGGCAGUUAAAGUAAUGUCUACCUACUAGAACCGUGUUGAUGAUUGUGCUGUUUGCUUGAAAACGUGUGCUUUUUAGCAAUGUUACAUAAAAGUUUAAUUGUACAUUUAUAUGUUUUAUUCGCAUCAGUUAACGUUGACAAUUCAUUUUAAUU